UCCCAGAGAGAGCCCCGGACUGAGGGGAAGCAUGGACCGAUGGAGCAGAAUGCCUCGCUGGGGACUCCUGCUGGUGCUCUGGGGCUCCUGCACCCUCGGUCUCCCCACAGACACCAACGCCUUCAGACGGGCCAGGAUCUUCCUCAAGAAAAUGCCCUCAGUCCGGGAAAGCCUGAAGGAGCGAGGGGUGGAUGUGGCCAGGCUGAGUGCAGAGUGGAGCCGGUUCCCGGGGAGGGUCUCCUUCGGCAACAGCUCGUCCCCCGUGGUCCUCACCAACUACCUGGACACCCAGUACUACGGCGAGAUUGGCAUUGGCACCCCACCCCAGACCUUCAAAGUCAUCUUUGACACGGGUUCGGCCAACCUCUGGGUGCCCUCCACCAAGUGCAGCCCUCUCUACACUGCUUGUGAGAUUCACAGCCUCUACGACUCCUCGGAAUCCUCCAGCUACAUGGAGAACGGGACGGAAUUCACCAUCCACUAUGGAUCAGGGAAGGUCAAAGGAUUUCUCAGCCAGGACGUUGUAACUGUGGGCGGACUCACGGUGACACAGACAUUUGGAGAAGUCACGGAGCUGCCUCUGAUACCCUUCAUGCUGGCCAAGUUUGAUGGGGUUCUGGGCAUGGGCUUCCCUGCUCAGGCCGUCGGCGGGGUCACCCCUGUCUUUGACCACAUCCUGUCCCAAGGGGUGCUAAAAGAGGACGUCUUCUCUGUCUACUACAGCAGGAAUUCCCACUUCCUGGGGGGAGAGAUCGUGCUGGGAGGCAGCGACCCCCAGUACUACCAAGGGAAUUUCCACUACGUGAGCAUCAGCAAGACUGGCUCUUGGCAGAUCAAAAUGAAGGGGGUGUCUGUGAGGUCGGCCACCCUGCUCUGCCAGGAGGGCUGUACGGCAGCAGUGGACACAGGCGCAUCCUACAUCUCGGGUCCCACCGGGUCCCUGCGGCUGCUCAUGGAGGCGCUGGGGGCCCAGGAGCUGAGCACGGAUGAGUAUGUCGUGAACUGUCACCAGGUGCCCACACUCCCCGACAUCUCCUUCCACCUGGGAGGCAGAGCCUACACGCUCACCAGUGCGGACUAUGUACUACAGGACCCCUACAGUAAGGAUGAUCUGUGCACACUGGCCCUCCACGGCCUGGACAUCCCACCCCCCACUGGGCCCAUCUGGGUCCUGGGCGCCAGCUUCAUCCGCAAGUUCUAUACAGAGUUUGAUCGGCAUAACAAUCGCAUUGGCUUCGCCUUGGCCCGCUGAGGCCCUCUGCUGCCCAGGCGGGCCCUGUCCUCGGCCCUAGCCUAGAUCAGGAGCACCCUCUGGGAUCCCCUUCUGCCUGGACUUAUGCCCCCACACGGGGACACUGGGUGUGGGGCUCCUGCUGGACGCUUGCCCUGCCCCCUGCACCAGUCCUUCCCUGCUUUGAGGACAAUCAGAAUAAAGACUUCAUGUUCACA